AUAGAUAGUACCGCUGAGCUGGCUUAUGUCGGGAAUUGAAACAAACAAAACCAAGUCCAACAAGGACAACUCGUACGCGUUGCUGUACAUUUCAUUUCUACAAUUCACUCACACCCAUUCAUUUUCCAUUUCUCUUUCUCUUUCUCUUUAUAUCUCCAAACCUUUUCAAUCUUUCAAAACUUACUGUUGUUUCUCGAUUUCGAUUUCGAUUUCAUGGGUCUUCGAUUUUCUUCUCUUCUAUGUACCUCAACUGCUUCUUCCGGUCCCACUCUCGGUGAUUUGCCCGAGAGUUGCGUCGCUUCCAUUAUCGGUUACAUGGAUCCUCCUCAGAUCUGUCAACUUGCUACAUUGAAUCGAGCUUUUAACGCUGCUUCUUCGGCUGAUUUUGUCUGGGAAUCCAAAUUGCCGUCUAAUUAUCAUCUUAUCCUCAACAAAAUCUUCGACCAUUUUCCAAUUGAUUUGGGUAAACGUGAUAUUUACGUUUCCCUUUGUAGCCUCAAUGACCUUGACGGGGGCACCAAGAAAGUUUGGCUUGAUAGAGGCAGCGGUAAGCUUUGUUUGGCUAUAUCAGCUAACAAAGGACUAUCAAUCACUGGGGUUGAUGAUAGGAGAUAUUGGAAUCAUAUCCUUACUGAAGAAUCUAGAUUCAGUACUGUUGCAUACCUUCAGCAUACCUGGUGGUUUGAAGUGGAGGGGGAAGUUGACUUCCCAUUUCCUGCUGGAACAUAUAGCUUAUUCUUCAGAGUACACCUUGGGCGAGCCCACAAGAGAUUUGGACGUCGGGUCUGCAACACUGAACAUGUUCAUGGGUGGGACAAAAAGCCUGUGCAAUUCCAACUUUGGACAUCUGACGGGCAAUACGUUGCCUCCCAGUGUUUUCUGAAAGGAACUGGCAAUUGGACUUUUUACCAUGCAGGCGAUUUCACUGUUGUGGAUGGCAAUUCAUCAACCAAAGUCAAGUUCUCUAUGACUCAAAUUGACUGCACACACACUAAAGGUGGUAUCUGUUUGGAUUCUGCCUUUAUUUAUCCAAGCGAAUUCAAAAAGACUAAGUCAUUUUUAAAUUGCUCAUAACCAUUUCAGGCAGAAAGAAAUUGUACAUCAUGUCUGUGUCUAGUAUGUAUAGAACUUAGUGGCGAUGUCAAGAAGGUUAGAGAAUCAAGUUUUUAGAUGAUUCUUUAGGAUUAGAGUUUUGUUGGAGCUAGGAAGGAGUUAAGAUGUGCAAUUUGAGUCAUUUCAUUUAUUAAUUAUAUUAGAAUGGAUUAUCCUGCCAUGUUUUUGUAUGGUAUAUUUAUUAUUGAGAAAGUUGUAUGUUUGCGGAAGAUUGAAUGUAUGCGAUCAUUUUGAUGA